AUGGAAAAUAACAGAUUUUUUAGUUUGAAAGAGGCCGUGGACAUGAUUGCUGAGGAUGAUGAUAUUUUUAAUGCAGACAUAGUUGUGUUUCCACCAGAAGUUGUAAAUGACCAGAGUGAUUGUGAGGAUUUUGAAGAAAAUGAUUUGACUGUCAAUAUUGAUAUGCCACAGGAUAUCUGUGGAACAGUAGAAGUUCACUAUGAGAUUGAUAAAGUCAAAACUGGAAAUAAGCUUCAUUCACAGUUGAGCAAUGGAAAAAAUAAAAUAUUAAAAUCUAAAAAGCAAAAUAUUCCAGUUAAUUGGAAACGACUAAAACCAAAAUAUUGUUCAACUCCAAAAGAUGAUCAAAAUUUGAAAAUAUCACAUCUCAUUGGAUGUUUAGCUGACAAAACAGAAACAGAAAUGUUUCAAGAAUUUUUCGAUGAUACAGUUAUUGCUCAUAUUAUUGAUCAAAGUCAAAUAUAUGCUCAACAAAAAAACAGACAUGGAUUUGAACUGAAAUCUUAUCAGUUACAACAUCCUAGGGUGACGUCGGAUCAUUACAUUUUGAAACAUCCCGAAGGACGCAGGCUCAGAUGUUGA